AAAAAUUGUAAUUUUGCAUAUUAUUGUUGUUUUGGAAAAAAAAAAUUAAUUUGCUUAAACCUGCAGUUUUGAAACAUACUGAUUUACAUCUACAUAUAUGUUCAUAUGAUUUGUAAAAAUUAGCAAUUACAAAAAAAAAAUAACAAAGUCAUAAUUAAAUGGGUACUGGCGCUAUUGAAUACAAUCCACCAGAAUGGUUGACACAAUCAUUUCUAGAAGAAAUCUUAAGAGAUCAUUUUAAUGAUGUGAAUAUUAAUGUUAGUAAUUUACGUACAAUUAGUCUAGUAAAAACUAACGGUUAUGCGAGUAUUUUACAUAAAUGUCAAUUUAAAUAUACAAAAGAUAAUGAAAAUUUUGAUAAAUUUUCUUUAAUAAUAAAGGAACACCCAAAAGGAUUAUCAGGAAUCUUAGCAUUUAAACAUAAACUUUUUAAACGUGAAAUUUUAAUAUAUAAAGAUAUAUUGCCUCGAAUACAAGAUUUAUUACGUACAAUUAAUGAAACAACAAAAAUUGCACCAAUUUGUUAUUAUACAACUGAAACACCAGAACCAUUUUUAAUUUUAGAAGAUAUGACAUAUAAUCAAUAUGAAAUGUUUGAACGUAAUCGAUUAUUUAAUUUACAACAAGUAAUACCGGUUAUUGAAAAAAUUGCCAAAUUUCAUGCUUGCUCUGUUAUUAUUGCUGAACAAAAUCCCGGUAUUAUGGAUUUUUUUGAAGAAGGACCAAUUUCUGAUAAUCCAGAUAGACAAAAUUUUUUAGGAUUUUUUCCGGCUAGUAUAAAAGAAUUAGCAGAAGAGGUUGCUAAAUGGCAAGGAUUCGAAGAAAUUUGUGAAAAAUUAUAUCGUCUUGAGAAAACAAUUAUUUCAAAAGGAAAAGAUUUAUUUAAAUCAAAUAAAGAUGAGUUUCGUGUCUUAAAUUUAGGAGAUUUAUGGAUUAGUAAUGUAAUGAUAAAAGUUGAUGAACAAUUGCUACCGGAAGAUGUUGUAUUGCUUGAUUAUCAAUUAGCAUAUUAUGGAUCGCCGGCUAUCGAUCUAAAUUAUUUUCUAUAUGGUUCACUUAAUGAAAAUGUCCGUAAAGUUCAUUACAAGUAUAUUAUAAAAGAAUAUCAUCAAAUUCUUAAUAAAACUUUAUCUGAAUUAAAUUAUACUGGUUAUAUUCCAACAUUAAAAGAUCUACAUAUAAAAAUUAUAAAGAAAAGUUUAAUGGCUGUUAUAGCUGCUUCAUGUUUAACACCAUUAAUUUUUAAUGGAUCUGAUGAAAAUCCAGAUGAAAAUGAUAAUCGAGGAACUGGAAUGUUAGAUACAGAUAGUAUACCGAAAAAAUUAAAUUUAGAUGAAAAUCCAAAAUAUAAAGCGUUUAUACAAAGAACAUUAAAAGAAUUUGAUUUAUCUGGAUUUUUGGAUUGAUAUGCUAAAAUUUUUAAUUAUAUUAAUUUAAUAUUCUGUUUAUCUUUUAAAUGUAUAUGUUUUGAAUUAAUUUUUUUUUGUUUGUGAAAAUAGAAAAUAUAAAUAAUUCCAGAA